UCCAAGAUGGUGCUCGAAAGUACAGUCGUGUGUGUGGAUACAAGUGAAUACAUGAGAAAUGGAGAUUUUAUUCCAACCCGCAUCCAGGCCCAGCAAGAUGCUGUUAACCUCAUCUGUCUUUCUAAGACACGCUCGAACGUGGAAAACACUGUUGGGCUUAUAACUCUUGCCAAUGUGAAGGUAUUGGUAACGCUAUCUUCCGAUGUUGGACGUAUUUUAGCAAGUCUACACCAGGCUCAGCCCAAGGGGGACUUAAGUUUCAUCACAGGGAUUCGUGUUGCUCAUUUGGCGUUGAAGCAUAGAAUGGGCAAGAACCACCGCAUGAGAAUCAUCGCAUUUGUAGGAAGUCCAAUAUUAAAUGAUGACAAGGAGUUAGUCAAAUUAGCGAAAAAGCUGAAGAAAGAAAAAGUCAACGUGGACCUUGUAAACUUUGGUGAAGAUAAAGCUAACACAGACAAGCUGACUGCAUUUAUAGACACUAUCAAUGGCAGUGAUGGCACAGGGUCCCAUCUCGUCACAAUUCCCCCUGGGACCCUCCUCUCCGAUGCCCUCAUGAACUCUCCCAUCAUCGUUGGCGAAGAUGGAACGGGGGCAGUCCCCGGACUACCAGGCACCGGUGGUGACUUUGAGUUUGGUUUCGACCCAUCUACUGAUCCAGAACUGGCCAUGGCUCUGCGUAUAUCCAUGGAGGAGCAAAGACAACGACAGGAAGAUACCACCCAGCCAGGGGAUGCGACGCCCAUGGAGGAUGCCACACCCAAGCCUACUACAGAAGCGCCAGCUGAUUCGGAAGAGGCAUUACUAGAGCAGGCUCUGGCAAUGUCGAUGGACCCUGAUGCCCCCAGCGCAAUGGAGACACCCAUGCCAGACCUCAACACCAUGUCAGAAGAGGAGCAGAUUGCGUACGCUAUGCAAAUGUCUCUCGCACAGAGCUCAGAGCUUUCCGGUUUGAUAAGCGACAGUGCAGCCAGUGAAAUCCCUAUGGAGACUGAUACGCCGGUCAGCAUGGACGGAGAAACUUCUAAGGCUGAGGGUGAGAAUGAGGAUUUCUCCGAGCUGAUGUCCGACCCAGCUUUCCUCCAGAGCGUCAUGGAGAACCUCCCUGGUGUAGACAUCUCCAGCGAGGCUGUACGAGACGCAAUGGGUACGCUGACCCAACAACAACAACAGCAGUCAGAGGAGAAGAAAAAAGAGGAUGCCAAGUCCAAGGAUAAGAAAUGAUUCCACUUGUAUUUAUAUCUAUAAAAAAACUACACCUGUCCAUACUUGUGAAAUUCUAGGGCUUAACACUUUAGAAAUUAAUUAAAAACACUAAAAUAAUGAAAUCGUAUUAAGCAAAUGAAAGUCAUGCUAUACUGAAGACCUGACAUGUUGGAGACCAGAUAAAUAAAACCCUCAAGUUUUUGGCGAAAAAUUGUCCGUUGAAAAAGAAUAAGCCUGGCAUUUUCUGGAUCUUUACAUUAUGUUGUUUUCUUGAUGUGUAAAAGUAGGAUAAACAUCAUGCUUUCAGUGCAAACCAACCCAAGAUCUUUUGAUUUUCUACUGCUUAUGGGUUUUGUCUGCAGAGGAAUGAAGAGUACAAAGAAAGUAAAAAUAUAAAUAUCUAGCUCAAAAUUAAGAGGCAAGGAUUUCUCUCCAUUGUGCAAACCUCAAUGUACUAGCCACCCAGACAUUUCUUUUUCAGGCUUAGUGAUUAGAGCAGGGGGUCGCUCUUGCUUCAGCAAACGUUACAGAUAUUAUUUUCAAGCAAUUUUGAGCAGAAUGUGUUCAGACAAAUUUGGUGCGAUCAGCAUCAGUCUGCUAUUGUGAUUCAGAGUUUAUGGAUACUAUUCCUCUCUUCAACUAGCUGGGACACCACUUUUAGGACGUUCUUUCGUGUCAAAGCAACAUUUCUUCCAAGCAGAAAAAAUUAUCUGCAACUGUUUGUAUAUUUAGAGAUGCACCCCCGUACACAUCAAGCCUCGUGUGACGAUUAUAAGUCCAGAUGGAGUCAGCACACAUUACGACCUGGGCCCAAUUUCAUAGAGCUGCCUUAGCACAAAAAUAUGCUAAGCAAAACAAAAUUAUGCUUACCAGAAUAAGGUAACCAGCGAGAAUACCAUUCUCCUUGUCCCAUUUGUGACUCAUAUCGUGCUUUUUUUUCGCUAAAGCAGAAAACUGUUCAGCAAUUAUUUGUUGUUUGUAAAAGCAGCUCUAUGAAUCUGGGCAUUGUUGCUGUUUCAUUUCGCUGUACAACUUUCCAUCAUUCUAAUAAUGGUUUAUAUUGAGCAAAAUCACCACUAUUUUAUGUAAUUUUGCGGCUAACCACUUUUUCAAACAGAGGCACCUCAGUUGUAAAGUAAAUGCAAUAGUUGAUGUUUGUAGUCUUUGCUUUCGACCAACGAAACUUGUACGAUCCGCUGUCCCAACUUGUACUCAAAAUAAAUAUUUGAAUGUUUUUGAAAUGUCA